AUGGCAGCCAAAGAAUGUAAUAUUCGAGUUGUUGCUCGUUUUCGUCCAUUAAACAAAUCUGAAGAACGAGCUGGCAGUCAAAGUGUUGUUAAAUUUCCUAUAGAUAAUGACGAUACUUUUCUUAUUACUGGUAAAGAAUUUAUAUUCGAUAAAGUAUUUCGUCCUAAUGCUACACAAGAAAAAGUUUAUAAUGAAACUGCUAAAGAAAUUGUUAAAGAUGUUUUUAAUGGUUAUAAUGGAACUAUAUUUACUUAUAGUCAAACAUCAAGUGGAAAAACUUAUACAAUGGAGGGUGUUAUUGAACGAUUCGUUUCAGCACCUAAUAAAAUCUUCAAAAUAAUGGACGAAGGAAUUUUGUAA